AUGAGUCGAUACCAGAGCCCCUCUAAGCGCCUCGCUCCCCUCUUUAUGCUCGCUCCCCGAUCACUUUACUUUUCCUUCUCUCGGUCCAAAUCUUCACGGUCGUUCGCUUUCUUUAGGUCCAUGUCUUCUCGCCAGCAGCCGCCCUGGCAGCAGCCACCCACCGGUGCGAAUGCGCAACUGCCCGCAUUGAAGGUCUGGAACUCUUUGACAAAGUCAAAGACACCUUUCGUUCCAAUCGACCCUGCGGGUAAGAAGGUGGAGUGGUACGCCUGUGGACCGACUGUCUAUGACGACGCGCAUUUAGGACAUGCUCGCAACUAUGUCAGCACCGAUAUCAUUCGUCGAAUUAUGCGCGACUACUUCAAGUUCGAUGUCAACUUUGUGAUGAACAUUACCGAUGUGGACGACAAGAUCAUUCUCCGCGCCAGACAACAACACCUAUUUAACGAUUUCGUCACCGCAAACCCAACGAUCACACCGGAAGUCCUAAAUACCGUUAACCUCGCCUUUGCCGCUUAUAUCAAGAAGAACCUGCCCUUGCUCGACUCCGCACUCCCCGCUUCGCAGUACCAGAAGGAAGUCGAGAAGACAUAUGCGACUAUCUUGAACGGCGGAGCUUUGCCAGGGAACGAGAAGGCUGGUGAUGAUGAGGCAAAGGUCAAGAUGCACAUCAAGACGGCUGCUUCGGCCGCCAAGGUUAUCGUGCUGGCUGAGUCCCACAAUGACAAAAGUGCCGGUCCCGCAGUUCUCCCCGAAACCUUCUACACGGAGGCGCAAGAUCUUAUUCUCCCAUUUUUGGAUGCGCUCAAGGGUGCAUCUGUUGACGCGAACGACCACAGCAUCUUUACCAAGCUGACAAAGAGAUAUGAGGAGCGGUUCUUGACGGACAUGCGCGAUCUGAACGUUCUCGACCCCACUGAGCUGACUCGAGUGACGGAGUACGGUGACGAGAUCGCGGCUUUCGUUGACCGCAUUGUGCAGAACAAGUUCGGAUAUGCCACGGAAGAUGGAUCCGUCUACUUCGACAUCAAUGCUUUCGAGGCUGCUGGUCACCCGUACGCUCGCCUUGAGCCGUGGAGUCGGUCAGACAACAAGCUGGCCGCGGAGGGUGAAGGAUCUCUAGCUAGCAAAACCACUCAGAAGCGCGGAAACUCCGACUUUGCUCUGUGGAAGUCUUCGAAGCCUGGCGAGCCCAGUUGGUCUAGUGCCUGGGGCAAGGGUCGUCCUGGAUGGCACAUCGAGUGCUCAGCCAUGGCAUCUGCCAGACUAGGCAAGCAGAUGGAUAUCCACUCUGGUGGUAUUGAUCUUGCCUUCCCUCACCACGACAACGAGCUGGCUCAGAGUGAAGCCUACUGGCACGAUGGCCACAAGCAUGACUCUCACGACCAGUGGGUCAACUACUUCCUGCACAUGGGCCACCUGUCCAUCCAAGGAUCUAAGAUGUCCAAGUCUUUGAAGAACUUCACAACCAUCCGGGAGGCCCUCGACCGCAAGGACUGGACCCCACGCAGCUUGCGUGUUGUCUUCCUUCUGGGUGGCUGGAAGGACGGUGUUGAGAUCACUGACGAUCUUGUCGGAUUUGGUAGCUCAUGGGAGGAGAAGGUCAACAACUUCUUCCUGAAGGUCAAGGACCCGUCUGUUCUCCAGUCUUCGGGCACAGACACCUCUUUUGCCGCUGAUCUGGAAGCCACCAAGAAGACUGUCAAUGAGCAACUCUGCGAUUCUUUCAACACCCCAGCUGUUAUGCAGUCGAUCUCUGAACUCAUCUCCAAGUUCAACAUUGCUGACAAGGCCAGCGUGCCUGCCGAGGACAUUCAGGCGGCUGCUCAAUGGGUCACCUCAAUGGUGAACAUUUUCGGUCUUAACGGCACUGCCUCGGCCGAUAGCUCCGAAAUUGGUUGGUCUGGUAUCGACGUCCCUGGCGAGGCCAAGCCUUACCUCUACCCGCUCGCCUCUAUGCGUGACCGUCUCCGCGAGGCUGCACGGUCCAAGGCUGGUAUCACCGCCAAGGAUCUCGAAGAGGCAGUUGCCCGCACAUCCCCACCACAGGAGGCGUCUGAGUCUGCCAAGCCGUACGCCGAUAUUUUCGAGAACUUCCGCAACAACGUUGCAUCCUUGGAGUCCUCCCAGUCCAUUGGCAAGGACAUCUUGUCUCUGUGCGAUCGCGUCCGUGACAUCGAUCUUUUCGGCGUCGGUGUCUACCUGGAAGAUCGGGAGAACCAACCUGCCCUCGUCCGACCUGUCACCCAGGAGAUGAUCAAGGCUCGGGCAGACAAGGAGGCCAAGGCCAGCCAGAAGCUUGCGGAAAAGAAGAAGCAGGAGCAAGAGGCCCUGAAGAAGGCAGAGAAGGGCAAGCUGAGCCACUUGGACAUGUUCCGUACCAGUGAGUACAGUGCCUGGGAUGACGAAGGUAUCCCUCUCCGCGAUGCUGCAGGCGAGGAGAUCAACAAGAGCCGGGGCAAGAAGCUCCGUAAAGAAUGGACGAACCAGAAGAAGGCUCACGAGGCUUGGUUGGCGACUCAGGCCAAAUAA